GGUUCAUAGUUAGUGAGGAGGGAGAGGGUAUGAGGAGGGGAUUGGUGAAAUAAGCGAAGAAUAUAAAUGGUGACGCACAAAGGUUAAGAGGGGGGAAAGAGAGAAGUGAAACAAAAAGAGCAAAGAAAUUUGAUAUUUGAUUUAGUUUUUGGCAUUUCCUUUUCCGUUUGAUUUUCGUUUUGAUUUUCCGGGAAAAUUUGGGAUCAAAUCUGUUUGGUUAGAGAGAAAAAGGAAAAAAAAGGAAGAACAAAAUGGGAAGAGGAAGAGUAGAACUGAAGCGGAUAGAGAACAAGAUCAACCGGCAAGUGACCUUCGCGAAACGAAGAAAUGGUCUGUUGAAGAAAGCUUAUGAGCUCUCCGUGCUUUGCGAUGCCGAGGUUGCUCUCAUCAUCUUCUCCAAUAGAGGAAAACUGUACGAGUUUUGCAGCAGUUCAAGGUAUCAUCAUCAUCAUCAUCAACAACAACAACUGUUCAUGCUGAAAACUCUUGAGAGAUACCAGAAAUGCAACUAUGGAGCACCAGAGCCAAAUGUAUCCACUAGAGAAGCCUUGGAACUGAGCAGCCAGCAGGAAUAUUUGAAGCUUAAAGCUCGCUAUGAAGCUCUGCAACGAUCCCAGAGGAACCUUUUGGGAGAAGACCUUGGCCCAUUGAGUAGCAAAGAACUUGAAUCUCUUGAAAGGCAGCUUGAUAUGUCACUCAAGCAGAUCAGAUCAACAAGGACUCAGUACAUGCUAGAUCAGCUCACUGAUCUUCAACGUAAGGAACAUCUUCUUAACGAAGCAAACAAGACACUGAAACAAAGGUUGAUUGAAGGGUAUCAAGUAAAUGCGCUCCAAUUGAACCAAAGUGCUGAUGAUAUGAUGUAUGGAAGACAACAAGCUCAGCCUCCUAGCGAUGCCUUCUUUCAUCCUCUAGAUUGUGAACCCACCUUACAAAUUGGGUAUCAGCCAGAUCCCAUAACAGUGGUGACUGCUGGGCCGAGCAUGAAUAAUUUCCUCCCAGGAUGGUUGCCUUGAGAAACAAAAAUUGGAGAAAGAAAAGGGCUUCUGUUGCUUACCUCUAAACCCCUCCUCCCAAAAAAGGAAAAAAAAAAAAAAAAAGAAAAAAAAAUCAAUUUUCAUGCUUGGAACUUAUAUAUAUUUAUAUAUAUAAUUAAUACAAACUCUGCACUUUAGUCUUUGUAAGCUAAUUAUGUGUAUGCUAUGACUUUGCUUUUUGAACAACAAUUGUAAUUUCAUUAUU